AUGUUAGAGAUCUUCUAUGAUGGCCUCUCUGAGAUGUCCAAGAUGGCAUUGGACCACUCUGCGGGUGGCUCACUCCACAUGAAAAAGAUGCCUGAGGAGGCGCAGGACCUUAUUGAUAUAGUUGCCAACAACCAAUACAUGUACAUUUCUGAGAGAAACCCUAGCUCAGCUGCGUACUCCCCAGAGACAGCGUAUGAAGUAGACACUAGUGACAAUGCCUGGAUCACAAUGGAGGAGGUGAACUACAUGGAAAACUCCUCCAGAAACUCCAACAACAAUCCCUAUUCAAAUAUUUUCAAUCAGGGAUGGAGGAACCACCCCAACUUCGGGUGGAGAGAUCAGCAGAAGCCUCAACAAGGCUUCAACAACAAUCAGGGUGGAAUGAACCAGAACAGAGAUACAGGUAGGUCUGCUAAGCAAAAGGACCCAGAGAUCCUCUCCAACACUCUUCCAAGCAACACUGAGGUGAAUUCAAAGGAAGAGUGCAAGGCCCUCACUAUGGGAGCUGAGGCCGAACCCAAGGAGGAGCCUGCUACUGAGGAACUGAAGGAGAUCAAGGCUCAGGAGGAGACUGAAAGUGUCACCAUGAACGUCCCCAUGAAGUUGGAGGAGCCUGAAGACCAACCAUCUCCAAACGUGCAACAGGAUCCUGAGGAUGAGGAACUUGCCCAGUUUUUAGCAGUCCUCAGGAAGCUGCAAGUCAACAUCUCUUUUGCAAAGGUGUUGGAAAAGAAUCCCCCUUCUAUGGCAUGUCUAAGAAGUUUAAUUUCUGACAAGAAGGCCUUAAGGGAAGAUGAGACUGUGGUACUGACCAAGGAUUACAGUGCCUUAGUUCAGAAAAAGCUACCUCAGAAGCUACCAGACCCCUGUGGGACCAUCACUUUUGAGAAGGCAUUAUGCGACCUUGGCUCUAGCAUUAACCUUAUGCCUCUCUCUAUGAUGAGGAAGCUGGGAAUUCAAGAGGUGCAACCUGCCAAGAUCUCACUAGAGAUGACAGACAAGUCCCUAAAAUGGGCAUAUGGCAUGGUGGAAAACGUCCUUGUAAAGGUUGAGAACCUUUACCUCCCAGCGGACUGCAUGAUACUAGACACUGGGGAGGACAGAGACGACUCCAUCAUCCUUGGAAGGUCUUUUCUAGCCACUGCGAAGGCCUUGACUGAUGUGAAAAUAGGAGAGCUAGUCCUGAGGUUGCAUGAGGAUCAUAUUCUGUUUAAGAUCCCAAACCCUCACUCUCCUUCAGAUAAAGUAGGUACUACUGUGCAACACUUAGUCUUCCAGGCUCGAACUUGUGAUGUCCAGGCUCGAACUAUUCCUGGCAUGUGA